AUGCGUUGCUGUUCAUCUGGGUUGUCCAACGCAUGCGGCGUACUCCACCAGAGGCGGGUGCCGAUUGCUGGGCCCGCGAAGACCCUGCCGACACCAAGCCAGCUGGUGGGGAUGAUGGAUGCGAGGGGCUGCUGGGUGGUCGUGCAGCACCUCGCGCUCGGCUGGCGUGAUUGGGACCAAGUGAUAAGUGAUACGAACUGA